ACAGUACUAAUACAGAGCACAUCCACACGCAGUAAGAACUCGCAUGCGUGUAUCCAUUUCCUGUCAUACGUAGUCCACUCCUCUCGCUGUCUGCGACGCUGAGAGGCGGCGGCACCGGAAUUGUGUGAUUCCGAAUUGGAUUCGAUGACCGGGAAAGCUGAGAAUCUCUGUUAACAACACCGACCGCCUGCCCAAGAAAUAACAGCCGCCGCACAAAUUCAAAACCCUAGAUCCCUCUUUUCGUAAUUUUUUUCUUCCAGUUGAUUAGGGAUCCUCGCGGAAUGGGAGGCUCUGGACAGCAGUCUCAUACUCAAUCUCAGCCUCAGCCUCCCCCGUCUGCGGAGGAGGAAGCGCUCAAGAGGAACACGGAUUGUGUUUACUUUCUCGCAUCUCCUUUAACUUGCAAAAAGGGAAAUGACUGUGAGUAUCGCCACAGUGAUGUUGCUCGGUUAAACCCUAGGGACUGUUAUUUUUGGCUACAUGGUAACUGUUUGAAUCCAAAGUGUGGGUUUCGGCAUCCGCCUCUUGAUGGGUUGUUGGGUAUGCAGAACCCAACAUCUACUGGUCCUUCUGCACCCUUACCACAGGUUGCAGCCGCCCCUUCCAGGGACGCCGCUAGUAACAUUCACAAGGAGGGGCAAGCUUGCAUCUUUUUCCAAAAAGGGUAUUGCAUGAAAGGUGAUUGGUGUCCCUUUGUUCAUCUGCCAUCUACCUCAAGCAACAAAACCUCACUGGCACUGGGAACUGGAUCUGUUGCUGAGCCUACCACAAACAGGAAACCUUCAACUGUUCUUAGCAAACCUGUGCAAGAGAAGACUGCAUUACUGAUGAAAGAAGCUAAAUAUGUGAAGGAUUUCCCACAAGUGAAACAAACCAGUGAAGUGAAACCAACUCCUGCACUCCCUAGAAAUGAUUUGGUUAUAAACAGGAGGAUACCGCAAGCAUCAGGUACCCGGGAGUUUCCAGGGUACAAUAGACCUCUUCAUGCUUCGAAUGGAAUUCAUGAACACUGGUCUGGUCAUGUUCAGCAACCACAUCCAUUCCAUGAACCUGAGAGCAAUAUUAAGGAUGCGGAAGAGCUUUCAAGGGAACCCUCCCCUGGUUUUGAUGUUCUUGUAGAUGAUGAGAACAACGAAUCUGAUUACUAUCCUGGCGAUGAUAGGUAUGGAAUGUCAAUGGAAAAUGAAGCUGGGAAUGAGUCUGAUAUAAAUCGCAAUACAGAUUACAACAUGAUUGCUGCUGUUGAGGAUGAACGAUAUCAUAGUUCUCUUAGUUAUGACUCACUGGAGCGGCGUAAGGAUCAGCACAGAAGUUUGUCAGAAAGGAUGUCAGGUGGGUCUCAUUCGGAGAGGACUGAUACACUUGGUCACGUUGAUCUGAGACACCGGUUAUCAAAGCAUAACAGAUCUAAUGGUUUGAGAUCCGCCACAAAUCAUGAACAUACCCACGAUCAAUAUGUUGGUGAUCGAAAUUAUCAGGCUGCGCAUAGGGAUGAACGGCGUAUUCCCUUGAAUCAGAAUACUCGUAGCAGUCGCCUUCAAGGGAGAAUAAGUUUUCCCAGAUCAGAUAGGACUAGCAUUAGUAGCAGGUUGGCUCCCGCAAGGACAAAUAUGUCCUCAACCCAUGGAAGGAUCCAAGACAGAAUAAAAGGAAGGUUGGAUGGUAAUAAUGGUGGUAAGAAUCACCAAGAUCUACACACGAGAAAAGACACUGCGGGUGACAACAGUGCUAACUUUGCCGGUCCAAAAAGCCUUGCAGAGUUGAAGAACAAGAAAAAUGGCGAACCAGUUAGACUGCAUACGACUGAUCAGCAAUCUCUAGGUAAGAGAAAACAAUCAACACUUGAUGAUCGUUUACAAAAUGGAAAUGAUCUUUCAUUCAAAGGGCCUAAGCCACUGGAAGAGAUUCUAAAGCGAAAGAGAGGUGAAACAACUGGUCCUAUAAAUGGUGGGAAUUCCUCAAAUAAUCAACGAAAUAUUGUAGCUGAAAGUCAGGAUACCCCAUCCCUUCAGAAGACCGAUGCAGGCGAAAGCGGGUCAGCACUCAAUCCUAUCCCACAAUCAGUCGAGGGCAAGAUGGAAGCUGAAGAAAAUCUUCAUCCUGAGGCUGAGGAAGGCCAAGAAUCUGAGGCCUAUGACGAAAGGAUUAAUGAGCUCGAAUAUGAACAAGUCCAUGGGGAGGAUUUAUACACUUAUGACGGAGAUAAUGGAGAUGCUGAAGAUGAAUACAUUGACGAAGAAGAAGAUGAAGAUGAUGACUUUGCAAAGAAAAUGGGCGUCAUGUACUCCUGAAUGACAAUUCUCCAAUCCAUAGCUUUUAGCUAUCGCCGGUAAUCCAUUUCUCCACGUGCUCGGUAAUCCUCCAACCCAUAGCUCCCUCUGGCUAUCCCUUUCUUCCAUGAAAUAGGCAAGUUCCCACUCUACUGCUAAUUUUGCUCUUAGAAGUAGAGAUGAAAAUUAUCAUUUGUGCUGUUCUGUACCAUUGAAGCUAUACAUAUAUUUUAUUUGAUUUAUUUUCGAAAAAUUCUACAUGGAACUCUUCUGGAUGGAAUGUUUUUCCACAUCUGUAGUUAGUUCUAAGUUGAUUUGGCUGAGUUGAGGUUGUGAUUGUUGUAACACUUAAACCAGAAGAUGAAUAACAACUUUUGGGAUCUUGUCUUGUCUUCUUCCCAGGAGGAUUA